AUGCAGCAGGUGGAGACUGAGGGCCAGGAGCCCCUGCCGGACAAGGUGAAGACGCCCGUGGACGCGGCGGGUGACCAGGAGCCCCCGCAUGACAUGGUGGAGACCGCGGAUGCCGCCCAGCCCGAGGAGAGCCGCAGUGUUGUGUGGGUCUUGCCCACCUUGCCAGGCUCCGCGCGGUUCCAACAGUUGGCCGCGCACUGCCCGCCAGCAAGAAAGAAGAACAAGUCCUUGUACGUGGACCAAUGGCUUUUCGAGCCGAUCAAUGUGCAUGCCCUUGAAGGAGCGGGAAGCCUCCGCGCUUUCGGCCAGCUGGGUCUGCGGUCGCAUAGCAGACCUGCUCUCGCGGGACCGAGAACAGUGGCAUGA